AUGGCAACGUUUUUCAUAUUUCCGACGGAGUCCGUCUUCUGGAAACAAGGCAAGAAGCUUCUGUUUAAUUAUGCCAUCAGUUACCUGGAGCGCGAAACUGUUUUGCGAGUGCUGUACGAGAACUUGCACGACAAGUCACCCAUCCAAUUGUCGCGCCGUAUCAUGCGUGUAGACCACAGUGGCACGGACGGCGUUGUUGUGCAUUGCCAGGAUGGGACCAUCGUCGCGGGCGAUGUGCUUGUUGGUUGUGACGGGGUCAACAGCCUCGUCCGUCGAGAGAUGUGGAGGCUCUCGGAGCAAGACAAGCCGCAAGCAACACCUGAGUCCGUUCGACAUGAUCUGAAGGCCGAAUUCCAGUGCCUGUUCGGGCUGUCGACAAGGACACGGGGCGUCGACGCAGGCGAAAUGGAUGUUAAUUUUGCCUCUGGCUUCUCGACGAUGGUCAUCGGCGGCAAAGAUGGGAGGGUCUUCUGGUUCGUCUUUGCGAAGAUGAAUAAGACGUACACAUCACCCAACAUUCCCAAGUACUCGUAUCAAGAUGCCGUCGAAUUCGCAAACAGAUACAUGGAUUUCACCAUCAAGGAUGGGCUGAAAUUCAGCGACCUAUGGCAGUCCAGAACGUCCGUUACCCUUGCGGCAACAGAGGAAGCUGAACUGAAGGAAUGGACGUGGGGCCGUAUUGCCUGUGUCGGCGACAACGUCCACAAGAUGACACCUCACAUGGGUGCCGGCGGCAAUGCAGCGAUGGAAUCUGCCGCAACCCUGGCAAAUGAACUCAGGAAGCUGGGGCAAGCUGCGAAAAAGACCAAAAUCGAUCUCGAAACGGUGCAGAGGCAUCUCGAAACGUACCAAAGGGGGCGGCGCGAUCGCACGAGCGCCGUGUGUGAUGCGUCAGCCCAACUGGCUCGGCUACAAGCUCUUGAUUCGGUCGCAAACAAGAUCAUUGCGUUUUGGAUUCUUCCAACAGCCGGCGACCUGCUGGUUGACGUUAACUGCGACAUGAUUAUCGGAGCAGCCAAGCUGGACUAUAUUCCCACGCCCAAACGUUCUGUUCAGGGCACGAUGGCUUUCAACCCCAGUCUCGGACUUGGCAAGGGCGAAUCGAAACUCAAGAGAGGCUUCGCAGGCUCCAUUACUUGCACUUUCUCUUUACGGACCGUGGUUGGCGAACCAUCGAAUCUCGCAUGA